UGGCCUGCUGUGUGUGCGGAAAUUUGCUUGAAGACCCUGUAUCUCCAAUCAAUUCAACUUGUCAGCAUUAUGUGUGCAAGCAGUGCAAGGGUAAAAAGAUGAUGAUGAAGCCUUCCUGCAGCUGGUGUAAGGACUACGACCAGUUUGAGGAGAAUAAGCAGUUGGGCAUCUUGGUGAGCUGCUACAAGAAGCUAUGUGAGUACAUCACACACACACCGCUGGCACGGGACGUAUUAAGUACCAUGGAGUGCUCGGCUGACAUUUUGGCAUUUCUUCCUGAGGAAACUGUGGAAGAAUCUACACCCGAGGAAGAGCAGGGGAGAACUUCUGGGCCCCCCUCACCGCUGUGUCCUUCUCAUUCUCCUUUACCCUCUAAUUCAGAACUGGCAACUGAACCAGAAGCAAACCUCUGCCCCAUCCCCCAAGACGCACCAGAUCUCAAUAGUGAGUGCACAGUUGCUAAUGGUUUGCCCAACUGCAAUGGACUAUCGUCUGAAACUGAUCUUGCUGUAAAUAUCCCUACCCCUGAGAGCCCCGGCCCCAUCGACCUUUGUUGCACACCUGUCGAUAUUAAAACGGAGGACCUGUCGGAGAGCCUAGAGACGGUCUGUGACCAGGUUUCCACAAGUGACUUAUGUUCAGCUGGACUUGAUAUAUGUGGUUAUAACGAUGAUCUUAAAAGCAGUGAUCCUCUGCUUCUUAGCGUCGAGGAAGUUCUCCAGAGCCUCGAAACGGUUUCCGGUUCCGAAGUCACGGACUGCGACCUGCAGCAUGCUCUGGACACGUCCGUGUCAAAUGGAACGUUUUUGGAUAUUUGCCCACAGCCGCUUACACAUGCUGUCCUGUUGUCCGACAGCCACGCUCCCCCUCUUGGUGUCUCCUGUACAGCUGCAACCCUAAAAAUGGUGAAAACUAACCGCAAGCGGUCUCGUUCAGAGAGUGACAGUGAGAAAGUCCUGCCACUGCCCAUUUCCAGCAUUAUCCUCGGGCCGGCGAUAGGUUCCCAGACUCCUUUUCUACUAACUCGGGAAAACAGAAACUUCUUUCAGCCUAUUGUUACUGUCCCCAAUGGGGGUAGCUCCUCCAAAAUUAGCAAGACCAUUCUUUUAUCGAAUAAAACCUUGAAGAAAAAUCCGGAGCACAUGCAUAAGAAAACGCAUCCGAAAUCCAAGCCACCAUUGCUGAAAACAAAGGACAAGGUAAAGGAGAAACUCUCCAGCAAUAACGUGGUCCCCGGGAGCCCGACAAAAACUGUGUAUAAAAAGCCACCUGAGAAGAAAGGCUGCAAAUGUGGACGUGCUACUCAAAAUCCAAGUGUUCUUACCUGUCGGGGCCAGCGAUGUCCUUGCUAUUCAAAUCGGAAAGCGUGUCUGGACUGCAUUUGCCGUGGCUGCCAAAACUCUUACAUGGCAAAUGGGGAGAAGAAGUUGGAGGCGUUUGCUGUGCCAGAGAAGGCUUUAGAACAGACCCGGCUCACUUUGGGCAUUAACGUGACCAGCAUUGCGGUACGCAAUGCCAGCACGAGCGCCAGUGUCAUUAAUGUUGCGGGCUCUCCUGUAGCGACUUUUUUAGCUGCCAGUCCCCACGAUGACAAAAGCUUAGAUGAAGCGAUAGACUUGAGAUUUGACUGUUAAUAGAGCCAGCCAUCCCUGGCUGUUUAGGGGGCAGGAGAAUGGUUGCAGUUUUAUGGCAGCUAUGGUUCUGUCGGGUUUCCUUGCCAGAGCUUCUGCAUAUAGAUCACUUGUAUCAAGUGUGUUUAUUGCUAAGUUAUGUGUUCAUGUUUGUGGGGUCGGGAGGGGUGGAUGGGACAAUGAAUUGUAACCCUAAAGUCUGUCAGUUUUCUAUUUCUUCAGUCUGAGGGUUGACUCGAAGACUUAUGUUUUUUUUUUUUUUUUUUCUCUGAUGCACCUGAUUUAUAGAAAAUGAUCUUUGGCAAGAAAGAG